AUGGGCCAGCACGGAGAGCGGGUAGACCGUGGAGAGCGGUGGAUAGGACAGAGCGUAAGAAGUCGAUUGGCAAAGGCUGAGGCUGAGAAGUCCAGAUACCGGUUGGUGGACGGAUCGAAAGACACAAAGUGCGGAAACGCGCUGUUCCUUAAGCAGGAUGAAGGAACCGGGUGGCCAGACGUCUAUGCCAAGCACCAGGACAAGGGGAGGAACAGACGCGCUGAACGGAGAGGGAGAAAGCGGUAUGAAAAGGCAAAAGGAAGACGAGACACAGCCUGUAAGGUUAGGAGGGCCCGAGAGGUGCCAGCGGAUGCUGUGUUUUGGUUAGUGGUUAGAGAAGUGUGGAGGAUGUUGGAGAGGGAUGUGCUGGUUGAGCGUCGACGGCGGUCACAGUGGUGUCUGCGAAGGAGGCGAAUGUACCUGAGGGUCUUGACGGUUGACGGAAGAUGA